AUGCUUGCCUACACAACCCCAACGGACACAGCUCUGUACCGGCGCAUCCCGGCUAACACGACAGGCCUCGCCAGCAUCCUCUUCUUCAUCGAGCGACUCCAGAGGUGCUACAUACCCACGGGGGAGAAGCCUGUUAGCAUGGGAGUUGCUGCUGGCUGGUACAUGUUGUCAGCUCUCCUACAACAAGGCUCCAACACCUACCCAAUCAGCACUGCAGCACGGGUAAUCUACUGGGUUGGCUACAGUGUGUCCCUCAUUGUGUACACAUCAUACUCUGCCACACUGGUCUCACAUCUUGCUGUGGAGCAGCCUGCACCUCUGCCAUUCAGCAACCUGCGGGACCUGUCUAGGCAGUCAGGCUGGGAUGCUGGAUGCAACAACAAUGACCUCUUCCAAGUGACAGCCUCGGUGGGUCCUUGGCUUCUUGCUGUGUGAACUGAUAUACCAUCCAGUGGUUGAGAGUUGAGAGAGAGAGAGAGAGAGAGAGAGAGAGAGAGAGAGAGAGAGAGAGAGAGAGAGAGAGAGAGAGAGAGAGAGAGAGAGAGAGAGAGAGAGAGAGAGAGAGAGAGAGAGAGAGAGAGAGAGAGAGAGAGAGAGAGAGAGAGAGAGAGAGAGAGAGAGAGAGAGAGAGAGAGAGAGAGAGAGAGAGAGAGAGAGAGAGAGAGAGAGAGAGAGAGAGAGAAUUUUGUUCAGUGCCAGAUUUAGGAGUCCACAACAAGACCAGCUGCCCAGGAGCCUCCACAAUCUGGGGUCUCCACAAUCUGAGGAGUCUCCCACAUAAAUAUUCUGUAAGUGAAAGAAACUUAAAUUAAUCAAACACUAGUUUUCUAUGAACUAAAUAUUUUUUUUAUUACUAUCAAAAUAACCACUUGUUUCAUUUACACUAAAUAAAAAUGUUCCUUUCACUAUAAUAUAUUAUAUGUAUUAAAAACUGCAUGGAAUACAGAUACAAAAAUAUUAAUAUAAAUAUUUCAGGUAGAUGGCCUCCACACUCAGGCUGCUCACAGGCCUCCACAGACACAAAUCCAGCCCUUGAUUUGUAAAUUAAUUAUUUUAUUUAAUUAUUUAUUUUUCCUUUGUAAGAGGAGCACUGCCUUAGGGAGGGAGAGAGAGAAAGAGAAUAAUAAUAAAAAAAAAAAAAAAAAACAACCGAUGCCAUUUCUUUAAGAAAUGGCAUCUGUAAUAAUAAUCUGUUAUAUGCCAUAAUAAAUUAUGGCAUAUAACAUAAAAUGUUAUAUGCCAUUUGAUAACAGUUUUCUAUAGAUCUAAGUGUAACUCAGUAAGUUUGUAACACAAUCUCCCUUUCCUAAAUCCAAAUUGCUUUAUUAUCACUGGGAGAGGCUGGGAUGGACUGGGAGAGGCUGGAAUGCACUGAGAGAGGCUGGGAUGGACUGGGAGAAGCUAGGAUGCACUGGGAGAGGCUGGGAUGGACUGGGAGAGGCUGGAAUGCACUGAGAGAGGCUGGGAUGGACUGGGAGAGGCUGAAAUGCACUGGGAGAGGCUGGGAUGGACUGGGAGAGGCUGGGAUGGACUGGGAGAGUCUAGGAUGCACUGGGAGAGGCUGGGAUGGACUGGGAGAGGCUGGGAUGGACUGGGAGAGGCUGGAAUGCACUGAGAGAGGCUGGGAUGGACUGGGAGAGGCUGGGAUGGACUGGGAGAGGCUGGAAUGCACUGAGAGAGGCUGGGAUGGACUGGGAGAGGCUAGGAUACACUGGGAGAGGCUGGGAUGAAAAGGCUGGGGCUGGGGCUGAGGCUGGGGGAAAAGGUCAAGAAUGUUGGGUGUAUCUCCAAGACAGUCAGGAAUACGAGUAGGGUGUUGCACCAAUUGCUCUAGGUCAUGGAGGAUAGCAAAGUUGUAGGCUAGUUCACCAGGAUGGUCAGUGAAGGGAGAGGAAAGCCAAAGCUGGUGGUGAACAUUGAAGUCUCCAAGAAUGGAGAUCUCUGCAAAAGGGAAGAGGGUCAGAAUGUGCUCCACUUUGGAAGUUAAGUAGUUAAAGAAUUUCUUAUAAUCAGAGGAGUUAGGUGAGAGGUAUACAGCACAGAUAAAUUUAGUAUGAGAGUGACUCUGUAGUCGUAGCCAGAUGGUGGAAAACUCAGAAGAUUCAAGAGCGUGGGCACGAGAGCAGGUUAAAUCAUUGUGCACAUAAAUGCAGCAUCCAGCUUUGGACUGAAAAUGAGGAUAGAGAAAGUAAGAGGGAACAGAAAAGGAGCUACUGUCAGUUGCCUCAGACACCUGAGUUUCAGUGAGGAAAAGAAGAUGAGGUUUAGAAGAGGAGAGGUGGUGUUCUACAGAUUGAAAAUUAGAUCUUUGACUGCGAAUGUUGCAGAAGUUAAUGAAGAAAAAGUUGAGGGGGGUGUCAAGACACUUAGGGUCUUUGACAGAAAGGCAGUCUGACCUGGGGACAUUUAUGGUCCCCUCCCCAGAUGGGGACUACGAGGCUGGUGUAGGAGUCGCCACGAUGAUUUUAAAAUUUUUGAGUGAAGGGUGUGUGUGUUAUUAGGUGCUUGUAGUUUUGUGUGGAGGAAGAGAGUUGUCUUUAGAGGGCAGGCUAUGACUGCCCCCUUGUGUUGUGAGACACAAAGGGAAACGUUCAGCGAGGUCACAGCUGGGUUUAAUGAUAAGUUCACAGCACCCCCUGAACAGUGCUUUAGACCUCACUGGUAGUAAUUAUCAUUUAGGCAGAUGUCUACUGCCUCCUCAUAUAUAUAUAUAUAUAUAUAUAUAUAUAUAUAUAUAUAUAUAUAUAUAUAUAUAUAUAUAUAUAUAUAUAUAUAUAUAUAUAUAUAUAUAUAUAUAUAUAUAUACCCAGCCAACAUUGGAUAAUGGGAGGCAUGUGGGUGUUUUGUGGGCUACUUUAUGGGUCCCAUGUGGGCUACCCACAUUACUGUAAAACACAGGUUGUUCUUGGAGAUUUAAACUUUUUGUAUUUAUAAAUAUUGAUUCACAUGACAGUAAAGAUUCAUUUUACUAACAUGCCAGUUUCUCUUAAACCAAGCAAUUUACGUGUAAUCUUAUCUUACAAAUGGCUUGAGGCAUUCUCUAACCCUCUUGGAAAGUCGACAGAUAUAAGUAAUACUGCUAAUUUUCAUUGAAAUAUUAAAAGAAAAUUAAAUAAAUAAAUAAAUAAAUAAAUAAAAUAAAUAAAUAAAUAAAUAAAUAAAAAUCUUUUGGUUCAGUGAUGUUCCUCAUUUUUUGUCCAAGGUUCUAACCAUACCUAAACUAACUUAACCACACCAAAACUAACCUAACCAUACCUGCUGUAACCUAACCAUACCUAAACUAACUUGACCACACCAAAACUAACCUAACCAUACCUGCUGUAAUCUAACCAUACCUAAACUAACUUAACCACAUCCAAACCUAACCACACCCAAACUAACCUAACUGUACUUGGUGUAAUCUAACCAUACCCAAAACUAACCUAACUACACCCAACCAUAUCAAACCUAACCUAACCAUACCUAAACUCAAGGCAAGGUAUGGCGUGUCUAGCCAGUGGUAGCCAUAAUUAUUUCCUAUUUUCAUCAAUAAGAAAAGGCAUUGAAUUCAAUUUAAAAAAAACGUUUCAAUUAUUGUUAAAGGUUUGUAGAAAAGAAUAUAUCAAGAGCUAGUGUUAUUUCAUAAGAUAGGUAAUGAAAUACUGGCACAUUAAUAAAAGUGAUAUCAAGCCUCAAUAUACUGACAUACGGUAAUAACAGUGUAGUACCAUCACAAUCACCAGCACCACCACCUUACCAUUUAUAUCACUAGACAACCACCUCUACACCGUACGUAAUGUACUUUCCACAUAUAAUGCAUACCUUUGGGCAAAUUGGUGUCAGCGGAGCAUUGAAUGAAUGCCUCUUGGCACUUGCUGGGAGACUGGAUGCCUUGGUAAUCUGCAGGGAUCACCACUUUUUAACACAGGCUAACUUCUUACUUUACACGUUAUGGAAGGCAUCAAGUAUGGCUUCAAGCAUUUUAAAGUAUUCACAACAUUGUCGAGUGCAAUUUAAGAUACCUUACUUCUGAACUGGUGUGAACCGCCAACGUACUGUUUACAGCACCCGCUGGGUUAAAACGUAUGUUCACUUUUUAAAUCUCUGGAUUAAAGUAUAUUGCAUUUUCAAGUUCAAAAAUUAAAAAUAUUAUUGCAUAAAAAUAAUGCACUUUUUUUCUCUUUCCACAAGUUACCUCCAACAGAUUAUUAAAGGUAGGUGGAAAAUUUAUUUAGAGCAUGAUGAACCCAGCCGUUAGCAGGAAGGCGGCACAACAACGUCAGCGGCGCACCUACAGAGUGAGAAGAGAUAUUUUCGCUGAGUACGACGAUGCUGAGUUACUGAAAAGAUUCAGAUUGGACCGUGCUGGUAUUGUUGCAGUGACUGAUAUAGUGAGAGACAAGCUGCAAAGUAAAACUGAAAGAAAUAGAGCCUUGACCCCUGAGAUGGUGGCCAUCACAUUACGAUAUUUAGCCACAGGAAAAAUGCAACAGUGCAGUUGUGAUGAUUUUGGAACAACGCAGCCCACUAUCAGCCGUGCAAUAUCACAGACAAUUGAUGCACUGGCUGACCCAGAAGUAAUCUGCCAGUUCGUGGCUUUCCCUCACACCCAGCGUGAAGUGCAGCAAAAACAGGCAGAGUUCAUGCAAGUAACUCAGUUUCCCGGUGUUGUGGGAGUGAUUGAUGGCACUCAUAUAAGAAUUGUGUCUCCUCAUGUCGAUGAACAUGUAUAUGUGAACAGGAAACGCUAUCACAGCAUAAAUGUGCAAGUAGUAUUUGAUGCUCACUAUAAGAUUCUUGACAUUGUGGCAAGGUGGCCUGGCUCAGUCAACGAUGCAAGAAUACUAGAUAAGUCAGCACUCAAACUGAUGUUUGAGGAACAACAUGUACCUGCAGGAUGCUACCUUCCCGGGGACAGUGGCUAUCCCUGUAAGCAGUGGCUCCUCACUCCUUACCUUCGCCCUCAAACUGUUGCACAAGCUAAUUAUAACAGUUCCAGUACCUUACGAUGCAGCCGAGGGGACUGACGCCACCACCACCACUGCCACCACCGCCACAACAAGGGUUAUUCGAGUGGGGAACAUGCUUCAGGUGUUGCCCCAAGAUGCCUCAGCCCCGCAGCCCCACUUCCCCAUGAUAGUGCAGGCAGGGAAUGUCAUACAGGUUGUUCCAGCUGACAACACGCAGGUAUUAGGGGCAGAAGUCGUUGGAGUUGGUCGGGUCAUGCAAGUGGUCGGAGUCCCAGGCUUUCCCCCGACCCCAGCCCCAGACCCCUGCCCCAGCCACCCCUCUCCCUGUGACCCCUGCCCAGUCAUCCCUCACCCCCUCCUGCCCCCCUGCGGUGCUGCCAGCGGGGGUGAUGGGAGGUGGAGGUGGGCCACACACACCUGGGUUAGCUGUGGCUUGGCUUAUCUCCCUCCUCAGCAGCAAAUCCCGAGGAUCAACGAGGACAUGGUGGACCCAGAGAUUGCAGCAGCAGCGAGAGAGAGAGAGAGAAGCAAGAGAGGAGGGAGAGGAAGGAGAGGAGGAGGAGAGAGAGGGAGGCCAGGAGGGAGGCACGUCAGAGAGAGAGGGAGAGGAAGAGGUUGAUUCUGUUACAACAACAACUGCAACAACAACAACAGUUAGUCAGUGAGGAGGGGGAGGGGCCGUCCUCUGAUGCUGAGGAUGAGGUAUUGUUCAGGGAGGCCAUGUCGGAGGUGCCGGUGGUGGGGUCGCCAGUUCCGGAGUACGAGGUGGAGGAGGAAAAGGAAGAGGAGGACGAGGAGGAGGCACGGAUAAGGAAGAAGAAAAGAUUAUUAGCUGUAGCCCUCCCUCCAGCUGAUAAGGGGAUAUUAAGGAGCCCUUCCUACAGGUUCGUUCGAUGCAAGGAGUUGGCACAGGAGGCGUCCGAGGCUGUGUAGAGCGGCCGUCUGAACCUGGUGCCACAGCUUACUAUGUUCAACAGAUGCCUGAAGGAAGUGUGUGUAAGGGAGGAUAAAGAGAUCAUGCUGGCCUAUGCAGACGAUGUCGCUGUCGUGACAGGAAGCCAACAAGAUCUUCAAGAGGCCAUGACAAGAUGGAAUGAUGUUUUAAAUAGGGAAGGAAUGAGAAUGAACAAACAAAAAACUUAUUUACUAGUGGACAAGCAACAAGUGAUGGUGUGGCUCUGAGCCACUGUAGUAGGGAUGUUAUGGUUUAAGUGUAGGAAGUUGCAAAUGCUCACCUAACAAUUGCACCUUAGUAGAAAAACACAAACAGGAAGUUUAUGCAAGUUUUUAUCCUUAUAUAAAAUGUUGUAUUGCAUCAAACCUCCAUACAUUACUGUCUCUAUCCAGUAUGAGACCGGUGUUCAGGAAGCACAAGCAUGUGCUGAAUAACAAGAAGCCGGCAUUGGUGAAGGUGACAACAUUUCAUCUAUUUAUACAUACUUUUUAUUAUUAAAGCUUAUCUUAUAAUUAUUUCUGAAGAGAUUGACUAAUUUUUGUAGUAUUUAUGACUUAGAACUAUGAUAAAGCUAUGAAUUGAUAUAAUUCCUGAUUUG